AUGCCUCCUGUCGAUACCGGAUCAUUGGUGCUAGUGACGGGUGGGAACGGCUUCAUCGCCGCCCAUUGCAUAGCGACACUCCUGCGAUGCAAUUACCGUGUUCGCGCUACCGUUCGCUCAGCCGAGAAGAAAGCUUUGACACUCCAGGCACUAUCUUCCGCCAAAGUUGAGAACCUGUCACAGCUUGAAAUAGUGGUGGUCUCGGAUCCCACGAAUUUGGGCGCUUUGUCCGUGACACUGUCAGGCUGUCAGGCUGUGGUGCACUUGGCAUCGGCUUUCACUUAUGAUGCUCUUCCGGGUGAAUUUGAAGAGAGGUUAAUGAUACCUGCGGUAAAAGGUACUCAGAUCGUUUGUGAAGCUGCUAAGCUCCACCCUACAGUUCGUCGGGUCGUGGUGAUGUCUAGCUUUGCCAGUGUCUACAAUGCCGAUCUGGGCCUGCAGCCCGGAACCGUGUACACCGAGAAAGAUUGGUGUCCACUGACUUACGAAAAUGGUGUGAAUGCCGCAGCUGUGCCUACCGCAUAUCGUGCCUCAAAGGUAGUCGCGGAGCGGGCGGCUUGGGAGUACGUCCGCGACCAUAGGGUGCAGUUUCAAUUGAUAACUCUAUGCCCGGGAAUGGUAUUCGGGCGAAUGAUUCAUCCUAUUUCAUCUCUCUCUCAGCUGAAUGCCAGCAAUCAGAUUGUGUGGCAGGUUCUGAGUGCGGGGAAGGAUGGUCAAAUUCCACCCACGAAAGCACCUGUUUGGAUUGAUGUUGAAGAUCUGGCUGAGACGACUGUCCGGACAUUGACAUUCUCCGGGGUUGGGCAUGAGAGGUUCUUGGUGACUCAGGGAUCAUAUGACACACAGGAGAUUGCGGAUAUCGCUAGUUCUAGCCCUGUGGCCAGCCGUCGUGUGCCGGUUGGAGAGCCGGGUAAACGCAUUGCGAAUACCCACUACUCGUGUGAUUCCUCAAAGGCACAAAUGAUGCUGGGAAUGAAAUUCCGCAGCCUCGAAGAGUCCAUUCUUCCAUUAGCUGAGCAGCUAUUCAACAUGGAAAUGCAUUGA